AUGGUUAAAUUUACCAAUAGCUCUAGUCUUGAUUAUAAACUAGACCAAUUUCUGGUGGUUACUGAAGAUAAUAUUCAAUAUAGAUACUACACUUUGGGAAUAUGUUUUGCUCAUGCCUUGUUGAUAAUCAUCAAUACCGUUCUAGUGAGACCCAGACUAUCAUCAAUCAAGAGGAAAUCUGUUUGGUGGAGGACAUUCAAAUCAUUAAUUGACCCACCACUCUGGAUUCAAGUUUCCAUAUGGAUAAUCAUCGCUGUUUUGAUAAAUGUAAUACCAUUGACAUCAACUUCACGUACAGAGCUUGAUUGGGUCAUUUUUUGGAAAAGAACAGGUACAGUUGGCUAUUCAUUAACUCCAUUCAUUCUAUUAUUAUCAUUAAGACCAAAUCCAUUACCUCAAGUUUUAUACGCCAAUUUAUUACCAUUACAUAAAUGGCUUGGAAGGAUAUAUAUUUGUUUGAUCUGUGUGCAUAGUGUUUAUUUCAUCCAACAAUGGGGUCGUUCAAGUAGGUUUAGUGAGCUGUUUUGGAAGGUUAAUCCAAUUACUGGGUUCAUUUCAUUUGUUAUUUGGUUGAUAUUUGCCCUUGUGUCUUUAAGACCUUUUAGAACUCGGCUUUAUAAAGUGUUUUAUUGUUUGCAUAUGAUAGCUAUAUGGACCACAGUGCCAUUGAUUGGAAUUCAUUCUAGACCACGUACCCAUUUCAUUAAUGUCGUUAAUUUGGUGUUGAUGAUAUAUAUGGGUUUUUCGAAAAUUUACUAUUACGCAGUGAUUAACAAAAGAUUGGAAUUUCUCGAUAUUGAAAGGCAUAUAAAUAGUCAAUUGAUUGUUUUGACAUUACCCAAGUCAUAUUAUCGUGGGAAGCAAUUACGUUUCAAUCCUGGCUCUCAUGUUAGAAUCAAUCAUAGAUUUAUCAAUCCAUUAUCUUGGAUUAGUCCAUCACAUCCAUAUACAAUUGCAUCAUUGGAUACCGAUCAAGAGAUCAAAUUAAUUAUCAAAGAAACAAAGUUUAAGAUACAUUCACUGGGUAGAUAUAGUAUAUCGUCCCCUUUUAAUAAUGAAACCGGUACAAUACAUGGCUAUGAUAACAUUACAAUUAUAUGUGGUGGAUCGGGUAUAGCAUUUGGUUUGCCCUUUUAUCGAAUGAACAAUCCAGAUUGUUUUGUUCAUUUAGUUUGGUUAGUUAGAUGUAUUGAGGACUUACAUGUUCUUUUAGAUAUAUAUAUAACUUGUAAUGAAGAAUCAUUUGAACCAGUUCAAGAGAUUCAACAAGAUGAUGAUAAUAUUAUUUCUAUGAUGAGUUUGAAUGAAUUAUUUGAAUGGAAUGAUGGUGAUUAUACAGAGAUGAAAGAAGAUGAUGUUGUUGAACUUCAAGAAAUGGGAAUUAGUACUAUGGAUACAAGUUGUUGUUUUAUACAUCAUGAAGGAAGACCAAGCCUGAAAGCUAUUGUGAAUGAGGAUUUUCAAACAGGCACAUGCACCAACUGUUUGGUUGCUUGUGGACCCUCCCGUUUAGUAAAAGAAUGUUCCAAUUUAGCCAAACUUUAUGAUUCAGAAUUUAUUUCAGAGACAUAUAACUUUUAA